AUGGAAAGCCAGAAAAUUUUACUAAAAUUAUGCUCUAUUCUAGUGUUACUACAUAUUACAAGUGCCAGCAACGAUGUAUCUUCAUUUCAAUUGCUCGCUCGAUUGUCAUUCCCUACCGUGGAGACGAAACCAUACAACAUGCCGCUCUCGAAAGAGAUUGACCCUCGACACAGCUACGCAGACGAGAAGUUUGAGAAGUUGCAGGAUUACUAUAACUACAUGAACGGGCGCAUGAAGGAACCACAUAACCCAGCUGAACGACGGGAAAUAAUGGAAAUCGGUUCAAAGAAAUUAUAUUCAUUCAUUGAUUCACAUAUAAAAGAUAUGAAGAGACUUUUAUUUGCCACGGAUAUGGCACUAAUGUCAAUGGUUCUGCUGAAGCUGAAUAAGAAAAUGGACACGUCUGAAGCUAAGAUCAAGUCAACACAAGCUAAAAUACCUUUUGGACUGUAUACGAGCCCUGAAUUCAAAUGUUUAGACACGUCAUACUACAUAGUAUCCGCUCAUAAUCAAGAAGACGCUCAGAUGAUUCUGUCAAGCGAAAGAAAACCCCAUUGCUACACUUUUAGAGGGGCAUUUGCCUUCAUCGGCUUCUACCAUCGACACUCGGAGACCACAUACGUUGGACCUCAUGCUGAACAGUUCCAGGCCAAAGAUCCGAGCCAGGGUCUGUAUUGCCACUCCGAUGAUAACUGGAGCGAUGCCCAAUGUAUUUACAAGAUAAACCCUCGCGAGGAGUUCCCAGAGUCCGUGGAGUAUGAGCCCAAGAUAUCUUACUUCUGCGGCCCCUACCGUUACUUCAUACCAGCCACAACUGAUGUUCGAUGCAUCUUCUCCAUUUUCGCAAUGAAUUUCGUCUUCCGAUUCGGUUAUGACGGAGUCACUUAUAAAAGCUCGGAUUUGUCCUUCAUGUACCAGAACGGGCAGGUAUUCUACACGGACGAGCCGUGGGCUGGCAUGUCUUGCUGGAACUGGGCGUGCAAGUGGCGCCAUAACCAGAACCAACGCUCUAAUGAGUUCUUUAUCAAUUAA